AUGAAAGAUAGGCUCGAUUCUCCUUUGCUCCUUGCUGCUUACUUGCUAAACCCUUUCUACUUAUACAAAGACUCCACUAUCCUAUAUGAUUUGGAGAUCUCAGAAGGAUUUCUCAAUUGUAUUGAGACUUUUUAUCAUGGCGACACCGCAAAGCAAAAUAAAGUCGUCAAUGAUGAGAUUCAUCUCUACAGGAGCAGAUAUGGCCCUUUUGGAAGAAGCUUAGCAUUACAAGGAUGUGAACACAAUGAUGAAAAGUUUGAUCCAGAUGUGAUCUUAGAUGAUGGUAAUGAAGACACCAUUGAGGAAUGGAUUGUAGAGCAACAUCAAGAAGAACAGACUAGUGAUGUUAGUAUUGCAUCAGCCACAGUAAGAAGAGAGUUGUAUGAUGAUGAUUUUCAAUCAGAAGAAGAAGAUGAAGUUGUUGUCAACAUGGAAUUUGAACCUGAUGUGUUCCAUGACACAACGUUGGUAUAA